AGGGAGGAGUUGGGUGUUUCGGCGGCUUUUGGCCUGCCCGGUGAAUAGUUGGACAGGUUACAGGAAUUCGGUCCCUGGGUUGUGUCACGAAACUGGAAGAAAGGUGGUAGGCAUGAAGCGCAGUUCAGUUUCCACUGGUGGUGCUGGCCGACUCUCCAUGCAGGAGUUAAGAUCUCAGGAUCUCAAUAAACAAGGCCUCCAUACCCCUCAAACCAAAGAGAAACCAACCUUUGGAAAGUUGAAUAUAAACAAACCCACAUCUGAAAGAAAAGUCUCUGUGUUUGGUAAAAGAACUAGUGGACAUGGAUCCCGGAAUAGUCAAUUUGGUAUAUUUUCCAGUUCUGAAAAAAUCAAGGACCCACGACCACUUAAUGACAAAGCAUUCAUUCAGCAGUGUAUUCGACAACUCUGUGAGUUUCUUACAGAAAAUGGUUAUGCGUAUAGCGUAUCCAUGAAAUCUCUACAAGCUCCUUCUGUUAAAGACUUCCUAAAGAUCUUCACUUUUCUUUAUGGCUUCUUGUGCCCUUCGUAUGAACUUCCUGACACAAAGUUUGAAGAAGAGGUUCCAAGAAUCUUUAAAGAUCUUGGGUAUCCUUUUGCAUUAUCCAAAAGCUCCAUGUAUACAGUGGGUGCCCCUCAUACAUGGCCACACAUUGUGGCAGCCUUGGUUUGGCUGAUAGACUGCAUCAAGUUACAUAAUGCCAUGAAAGAAAGCUCACCUUUAUUUGAUGACGGACAGCCUUGGGGAGAAGAAACUGAAGAUGGAAUUAUGCAUAAUAAGUUGUUUUUGGACUACACCAUAAAAUGCUAUGAGAGUUUCAUGACUGGGGCUGACAGUUUUGAAGAGAUGAAUGCAGAGUUGCAGUCAAAGCUGAAGGAUUUGUUUAAUGUAGAUGCUUCCAAGCUGGAAUCAUUAGCAGCAAAAAACAAAGCACUGAAUGAACAGAUUGCAAGAUUGGAACAAGAAAGAGAAAAAGAACCGAAUCGUCUGGAGUCAUUGAGAAAAUUGAAAACUUCCUUACAAGCAGAUGUUCAAAAAUAUCAGGCAUACAUGAGCAAUUUGGAGUCUCAUUCAGCCAUUCUUGACCAGAAACUGAAUGGUAUUGAUGAAGAAAUCUCUAGAGUAGAACUAGAAUAUGAAACAAUUAAACAGGAGAAUACUCGCCUGCAGAAUAUUGUCGAUAACCAGAAGUACUCAGUUGCAGACAUCGAGAGAAUAAAUCAUGAAAGAAAUGAAUUGCAACAGACCAUUAAUAAAUUAACCAAGGACCUAGAGGCUGAACAACAGCAGUUAUGGAAUGAAGAGCUAAAAUAUGCCAGAGGAAAAGAGGCGAUUGAAACACAAUUAUCAGAGUAUCACAAGUUGGCCAGAAAAUUAAAACUUAUCCCUAAAGGUGCUGAAAAUUCCAAAGGUUAUGACUUUGAAAUUAAGUUUAAUCCUGAAGCUGGUGCCAACUGCCUUGUCAAAUACAGAGCUCAAGUUUACGUACCACUCAAGGAACUCUUGAACCAAACUGAAGAAGAAAUUAAUAAAGCUCUAAAUAAAAAAAUGGGGUUAGAGGAUACUUUAGAACAGUUAAAUACAAUGAUAACAGAAAGCAGGAGAGGUGUAAGAACUCUGAAAGAAGAAGUUCAAAAGCUGGACGAUCUUUACCAACAAAAGGUUAAGGAAGCUGAAGAAGAGGACAAAAAAUUUGCCAGUGAGCUGGAGUCCUUGGAGAAACACAAGCAUCUGCUGGAGAGCGCUGUUAACGAGGGCCUCAGUGAAGCUAUGAAUGAAUUAGAUGCUAUUCAGCGAGAAUACCAACUAGUUGUGCAAACCACAACUGAAGAACGACGAAAAGUGGGAAAUAACUUGCAGCGUCUUUUAGAGAUGGUUGCUACACAUGUAGGGUCUGUGGAGAAACAUCUUGAGGAGCAGAUUGCUAAAGUUGAGAGAGAGUAUGAAGAAUACAUGUCUGAAGAUCUCUUGGAAAAUGUUAGAGAGAUUGGAGACAAGUAUAAGAAGAAAGCUGCUCUAAUUAAGCCUUCUGAUGAAUGAAGAUAAAAUACUGAUUAUCUAAACAAGAACUUUAUUAACAGUGUAAAUUUUUAAAUGUCCUUUGUAGGUUCGAAAAAUCUCUAACAUAUCUUAUACCCCUCCUUACAAUGAAGUCUUAUGACCAUAUCUUCCCAAGCCUGUGAAAUAUUUUUAUAUUUUUUAUAAACCUAGUUUGUUAAUUUAAAGCAUGUAUAACCUGAAAUUAUGGUAACUUGUUAGAUUGUUAUCUUUAGACGUGAAAGACUAGUUAUAUUAUGUAUCCAGAGUUAAUAAAAUUAUAUCAACAAAGUGUGUUUUUCCCUUAUUUCUCAAUCUAACUUCAGAUGGUUAGAAGACAGUUAUUUUGAUCUAAACCAGGAAUCAGCAAACUGUGGGCCAAAUGCAAUCACAUCCAUUCAUUGACACAUCAUCUAUGACUUUCACGGUACAGUGGCAAUGUUUAUUACAUUCGUUAGACUGCAGGCCCAAAAAUUAAUUAUCUGGCCCUUUACAUAAACUUCUCCAGUCCCUGGUAUACACUCUACAAAGGCUGGGGCUCU